AUGUCUGCAACAAUCCCCAGAUCAAAUUUCAUGAACUACAUAUUGAGACGUGGCAAGUGUUUUCUGUCAACGUUCUGUCGACCUGAGUGUUCCGCGAAAUUUUGCUUAUCUGAAUACAAGGUCUUCAAACUUGAUACCAUGCCGUCUCAAGAAACGGAGUGCACCCGUGAUGAUGCACUUAAAUACCUAGACAGUCUUCAUCGCAUUCGUAGGAUGGAAACGGCUUUAGGAAACAUGUAUAAAGAGAAACAAAUCCGUGGAUUCUGUCAUCUUUAUUCUGGCCAGGAAGCAGUAGCAGUUGGUAUUGAGGCUGCCUUACAACCAAAUGAUACCAUCAUUACUGCUUACCGCUGCCAUGGAUUCACUAUGACUCGGGGUGUUUCUGUGCAUCGAAUAGUAGCUGAGCUGGCUGGAAAAAAGACUGGAUGUACCAAAGGUGUGGGUGGCAGUAUGCAUCUCUAUACCAAAAACUUUUAUGGUGGUAAUGGAAUUGUUGGUGCUCAGCAACAAUGGCGAGCUGUAAGCGUGGAAGGUGUACAUGAGACAAAAAUAGAAGAGUAUUUGAAACGUAAUGGCAUCUCUUCAAUGUCUGGUGAUCGUAAAAACUUUAUGCCCGUACACCGAAAGAAACCAGGUCAAAAACGGACAAUAAAUCGUCCAGUUCAUAUAAAGGAUAAUGAACAUGUGAAUGGGAUUCUAGAAGAUUUUUCUAAGAAGAUAGCUAAGACUUCUUAG